AUGUCAAGGGCAACAGAAACAAUAUACAUUAUUUUGAUAGUUGGCCAAUUAACUAUAGGUAUUUGGGGAAAUGUAUUCAUUGUGCUAAUCAACUGCAUUGGCUUGUUCAAGAGGAAAGAUAUCACCUUGAUUGACAUCAUCCUGAUCAUCUUGGCCAUCUCCAGAAUCUGUGUGUUGUGUGUAGUAACUUUUGAUGGUUUCAUCCUAGUGUUCUCUCCAGAAAAAUAUGAGAGUGAUACGCUAGUGAAUAUGGUGGAUGUUGUCUGGACAUUUUCCAGUAAUACAAGUGUCUGGUUUACUUCCUGCCUCAGCAUCUUCUAUUUACUCAAGAUAGCAAAUUUAUCUCACCCAUUUUUCCUCUGGCUAAAGUUAAAGAUAAACAGAGUUAUUCUUGGGAUUCUUCUGGUUUCCGUUUUCAUCUCCUUAAUUAUUAGUGUCUCAAUGAAUGAUGAUAUGUGGUAUCACCUCUUCAAGGCCAGUCAUGAAAACAUUACUUCCUCAAGUAAUUUUUCCAAAAUGAGUAAAACCCCAAAUACUAUGAAACAGAUUAGUAUGAACCUGGGGGCUUCUGUCCCUUUUAUUCUUUGCCUUAUCUCAUUAUUCCUGUUACUUUUCUCCUUAUUUAGACACACCAAGCAAAUGAAACUUCAUGCCACAGGGUCAAGAGACCCGAGCACUGAAGCUCACAUGAGGGCCAUAAAGGCAGUGGCCAUCUUUCUGCUCCUCUUCGUCGUGUACUAUGUGGUCCUUUUUAUACUAACCUUAAACUUUCUAUUUUCCCAGAAAAACUUAGUGAUUAUGAUUGGUGGCAUAAUAGCUGUCAUUUUCCCAUCAAGUCAUUCAUUUGUCCUGAUAAUGGGGAACGACAAGCUGAGGAAAGCUUUUCUGAGGGUGUUAAGGUUUCUGAAGGGUUUUCACAAAGGAAGGAAGCCCUCUGAUCUAGAGACCCCAAGAGAGUAUUUUGCAUAG